UUUAUCAAAAUUUUAUUUCCCUUUUCUUUUUUGGAUUGUUUUUUAACAAAAGACAAUUAUUUUCUUUCUCAUAAUCAACCUGUAGAUUUGGGUGGGCCCUUCUUUCCGGGCGGACCCGAGCUAUGGCAUCAUCCGUUAGCAUAUUCGGCGGCUGCCGCUGAAUUGCCCGGAGCUGCGGCUCUGCAACAUGCUACACUAGUACAUCCGGCACUGCAUCCUCAAGUGCCAGUGCGCUCUUAUCUUUGA